GCCACAUUUACUGCAACACUCUCAACUCCAAGCCAUUUGUUCCCAACAAAAAAUGGAAUUCCUCUCAAGCAAAAAAGAAAAAAAAAUGGAAUUCCUCUCAAGGUAUUCUCAAAAACCAGACUCUGAAAGACCUAAAAUCCAAACCCUAGAUCGAAUCACUGUCUUACCAGACACAAUUCUCCUUCACAUUUUCUCUUUCCUACCCAUGGAAGAUGUUGUCAAAACCUGUAUACUAUCAAAGCAAUGGAGGUUUCUUUGGACUACUGUCUCGGCCCUCAUGUUCAGCCACCGUAACCAACCUGAUGAAGACCUCUGUAAGUUCAUCUCCUUUGUGGACAAAACCCUGGUGUUAAUCAACUGUCCUAAACUGAAAAUUUUUUCAGUUGAUUUCGCAUACCACCGUCGUUUUUCUGCUGAUGUUAAUGUCUGGCUUUGUUUCGUUACGAAACAUGGUGUGGAAGAGCUCAAAUUGGAUUUUUCCAACAAGCAUAAUUUUGGGUCUGGUCUUUUUCAAUUGCCUCAGCAUUUGUAUAGUAAUGGGUCGUUUGUGAAAUUGAGUUUAUCAAUGUGUGGUAUUGUGCCUAAAGGGUUGAUUAGUUGGAAAUCACUGAAGAGUUUGACAAUUGGGUCCACGGAGUUAAGUGGUAAUAUGAUUGGAAACAUAGUGUUGGGUAGUCCUGUUUUGAAUUUUUUGGAGCUGUUUAAUUGUUGGGGCUUCGAUAAGCUGGAGAUUAAUGGUGGGAGUUUGAGGAAAUUGGUGAUUAAUGGGUAUUUGAAUCAGAAAAAAGGGGACUCUGUUGUUGAGAUUUGGGCUCCGGGUGUUCGGUCUUUGGAUAUUUUGGGGUGUUUACAUGGGAAAAUUAUUCAACUAGAGAAUAUAUCGUCUACGGUUGAUGCUAAGCUGGAUUUCUACUUAACAAAGAUUAAUCAUGACGCUGAUGAUGAUUUUAAAAUGGAGAAAUUUAUGUUAAGUGAUAUGCUAGUCAGCAUUCAGCUUAUUAAGUAUCUUACAUUUGGAACUUGGUUCAUUGAGGUUCUAUCCAUGCUGGAGAUUAAAGGUUUGCCAUCUGUCUUGCCGAAGUGCAAACGUUUAAUGCUACAUACUCCUAUCCAGGAACGGUACCUCUCUGGGAUAGUAAACCUGCUACAUAGUUCACCUGACGUGGAGACAUUAAUCAUAAACAUGACCCCACCAUCUUUUGAAUUUGAGGUUUGCUUUCUGGAGACAUUUUUCCCAUCUAUUUGUUUUACAUUCAUAACUCGAGGUGUGCUUAGAUUGGUUUUUAAUGAUUGAUAACUGCCAAUCAAUCUCUCCUUUCCCCUCGUAUUAUAAUUCCUAUCAAUUCUAGAUGUCGCGGUGACUACGAGAAUAGGCAGGUGUUCCAUGUUUAUCAGAAUUUUAAAUGGGCUCUUCUAGAGUUUGGAGAUGGAGUUUUCUGUUGAUCUGAUGUGCUCCCACAUCCCAAUAUUUUCACAUUCUAUUUCUUUUCUUGCAAUUAUAUCUAAAGUAUAUGGGAGUCUUUACUGAGACUAUCACUGGUGAUUUGUCGAGGUUGCUUUAAGUGACUCCCUAUAAAAUUUGAUUAUAUGCAUUGCAACCUAUUAGAUAAUAUUGGUUUAACGGAAAUCUUCGUCUGUAGACCUGCUUCAAUGCAAAAAUUUCCAACUUUUUCAAUGUUGAUGGAGAGAGCUAUUGGACAUCAAAACAGAAGCUUUUCAGAUGUUUGGACCUUCGUCUCAAGACUAUUAGGAUUUCUGGCUUUGAAGGCAGGCACUGUGGACUUGAGAUUCCAUUUUUACAAUUUCUUCUUAAGAGUUCAAGGGCAUUGGAAAAAAUGGUCAUCAAUGGUCGUGGUGUUGGACAAGAUGAUUUGGUACGUGGUGCAUUUCAAGACCAGCUUCAGGUGGCUGAAAGCUUAUUAAGCUUCCCUAGAUCCUCUAAAGGUGCUGUAAUUAUAUUCAAGCAUUGAUAUUCUUUUCAUACUGCUACAUUUUCUUGGAUGUUGUUUAGUUUACACACAUACCUAAACCUGGUGAACUUUCUCUUUGUUGUAUACAUUGUAUAAUCGGAAAAUUUUUGGUUGUGUUGCACUUGAACUGAUUCAUUUCAUCGUGCUAUCUUGUUGCUUUCUGAGAAAUUUUUGUA